AUGCCACCUAUGUGUGAAACAAUGGUGUUGCAACCUUUAGCUAAAGAAGACCUUGAUGAAAAAGAGCUUAAGGAAAUAAAAGCUAAUUCUGCUCUGGUUGUCGAUAAACUUGCUGGCAUGAAGUAUGGAAGUCAGAAAAAUUAUCAACAAUUUCUUGAAGAAAUGCUAUUGACAAAUGAUCAAUAUAUAAAGGCUAUACAAUAUACACUACAGCGUGACACUCUUUUUCUUAAGAGAUCGCCAUCUGAAAUACGUGUUAAUAGUUACAAUGUUGAUCUUUUGAAAGCUUGGAGAGCAAACAUGGAUAUACAGUAUGUACUAGAUCCCUAUGCAUGUGCUGUUUAUAUUUUGUCAUAUAUAACAAAAGGGCAAAGAGGAAUGAGCAAACGUUUAGAAAAAGCUAGUGAAGAAGCAAAAUUAGGUAAUAAAGCUUUGUUAAGUCAGAUUAGACAUAUUGGGAACACAUUUCUUAAUUCUGUUGAAAUAAGUGCUCAAGAGGCUGUUUAUUUAGUGUUACAAAUGGCUUUGCGCCGAUCGUUGCGUAAUGUUGUGUUCAUUAAUACAUCAAACCCUGAAGAGAGAACGUUUUUACUGAAAUCGAAAGAACAAAUAAAUGCACUGCCAGAUAAUUCUCAAAAUAUUGAGUCUGAUAAUUUGAUUAAACGAUAUCAAAGGAGACCAAAUCAGUUGAAACAUGUAUGCUUAGCGGAGUUUGCUGCUUGGUAUAACUGCGUUCAUCAUAAAUCAAACCAGUCAAACACUAAGAAUAACAAGAUUCAAAAUGACUUUUUAGCUGAAUGUGAUUUUCAGCCUAAUGUUGAUGAUGAUUUUUCUGAGAAUGAAGCAAUUGAUCUUAACCAACAAGAGUAUCAGCUGAAGGGAGGAUUAACACUUGUCAAAAGAUCUACACCAAAAGUCAUUCGCUCUGUAAGAUUUAACAAAGUCAAGGAUCCUGAAAAUUAUUAUAGAGAGCAACUGAUGCUCUACACUCCUUGGAGAAAUGAACUCAAAGAUCUUUUGGGAACAUGUGAAAGUUAUUUGCAGAUGUAUGAGUCAUUAGAAGGUUUAAUUUUGAAAAAUAACCAGCAAUUUGAAUUUCAAUCUGAUAUUCUUGACAAAGCGAUUGAAGAAAUAUCAAACAAAGAAGAUUUAGAAAAUCCUGUAGUUGAGUCUAAUCAAUGUGAUGCUAUUGCACCUAAUACGCAACAUCUAGAUGAACAAGACCAACUUGCUAAAAAACAGGCUAGUGAGUUAUUUGGUUGUUUUAAUCCUGGAAAAAAUACAAAUCACAGUCACUAUGACCUGAUGGAUGAUAUUGGAAUUUAUCCUAGUUCAAAUAAUGUAGAGUUGACAACUAACCAAAUGAAUGAUACUGAUUUUAGGAACCUGGUCAGAUCUCUAAAUAAGGAGCAAAGGCAGUUCUUCAAUCAUGUACUCCAUUCUGUCAAAGUAAGCGAUGAUCAAUUAUCACUCUUUUUAAGUGGUGGUGCUGGAGUGGGAAAGAGUUGGGUUACUAACGCUUUAUACGAAGCAGUUACAAAGUAUUUAAACCAUGUUGUUGGAGAGAAUCCAGAUGAAGCAAAAGUCAUUAAACUUGCUCCAACCGGGAAAGCUGCUUAUAAUAUUAGAGGCAACACUGUCCAUUCUGGACUUCAAUUACCUGUGAACAAAGGAUUUCACUAUAUACCCCUUGACAAUGACAGACUCAAUACAAUUCGAUCUAAGCUAAGAAAACUCAAAGUUGUACUCAUUGAUGAGAUUUCAAUGGUUGGCAGCGGUAUGUUCAACUUCGUCAAUUUACGCUUGCAACAGAUCAUGGGUUCAAAAAUGCCAUUUGGAGGUGUAAGUAUCAUUGCUGUAGGGGAUUUGUUUCAGCUUCAACCAGUUUUUGACAAAUGGAUUUUUGAAAACAGCAACAAGGAUUAUGGCCCACUGGCUCUAAAUGUUUGGCAAGAGUAUUUUGAAAUGUAUGAGCUAACCCAAAUAAUGAGACAAAAAGAAGAUAAGCAGUUUGCAGAACUUUUAAAUCGGCUUCGAGAAGGACAUCAUUCGCAAAAUGAUAUUGAACAAUUGAAAACUAGAAUCUUGCAACCAAACUGUAGCAAUUCAAAUGUCACACACUUGUUUACCACUAAUAAAUCUGUGGCUGCUCAUAAUAAUAAAACGUUUACGUGUUGUAAUGAUGAUAAAGCAGAAAUAGAAGCAGUGGAUAUUGUAGUAGGCGAUAUUUCUGAUGAUAAGAAGCAGCAAUUUAAACAGAGGAUCUCAUCAGAUUCCACUAAAACUAUGGGGCUGCAUUCCGUUCUCUCAGUUGCCACAUCUGCAAAAUACGAUCUAACCACCAACGUUUCUGUCAAUGAUGGAAUGACAAAUGGCAGUGAAUGCACAAUUUGUAAGAUUGAUUACAGAGUUUUAAAUUCAAGUAGAACGAAUAUUAUAUGGGUUUUAUUUUCAGAACCUAAUGUUGGACAGAAUUGUCGUAACGAAAACUCACACUUGUAUAACACACACGUACAAAGGCAUUGGACCCCAAUAUUAGAGAUAACUCGACAAUUUAAAAUUGGAAAAAGUACCAAUGUAAAAAAAGUCUUACGAAGGCAGUUCCCUCUAAGGCCAGCUGCUGCAAAAACAAUUCAUCGUUGUCAGGGAGACACUCUUGAUGAAGCAGUUGUUGAUUUCCCAAAUUCAACCAGAGAGCACAUGCACUAUGUUGGUCUUAGUAGAGUUAGAAACAUUGACAAGUUGCACAUUUUAAAUUUAAGUGAGAACAAAAUCAGAUUUAAUCCUAAAGUUGAAGAAGAAAUGGCCAGACUCAGAUCUAAAUGUAAAUUAGUUCCAUGUGUUCCAGAUCUCACAGCAGUUUCCUACACAAAAACGUUAAAAAUACUAUUUCACAAUGUCAGGUCACUUCAUCUUCACAUCUCGGACAUUUCAAACGAUUUUGAUGUUCAAGCAACAGACAUAAGUAUCUUUGUUGAAACAGCUUUGUGUGGACGAGCCACAGAUGAAGAGUAUAAAAUUGAUGGAUUUGAUCUUUUCAGAAAUGAUCAUAUUCAUUUGGAAAAUAAUAUUCGAACGACAUAUGGGACAAUUACGUACCUUAAAUCGACACUUGCUUACCUUGUACCACCUUUUAGUUACAACUACAAUAACAUGGAAAUUUCUGUGACAGUUGUGAACGAGCCUGUUCCCAAUCUGCAUAUUGUUGGCAUUUACCGUUCAAGGUCGAAAGUCAAGCUUCACAAACUCAUAGAGGCAUUAGACUAUCUUCACAUGACAUUACUGGUUAACAAGCCAACCAUUCUCCUUGGAGAUUUUAAUAUUGACUUAUUGAAACCCUCUAAUGAGCGAAAAGCUUUAAUGCAAAACAUGAUUGAGUGUAGGGGAUACUCCCAAUUGAUCUCACAAUUUACCACAAACCAUAGAACUUGCAUAGAUCAUAUUUAUACUAAUAUCCCACAUGUUGUUCAUUCAUCUGGCACAUUGGAGUCAUACUUUAGUGACCAUAUAAACCAAUUUUUGUUUGUCUUCAAUUGA